AUUUAACUAAAAAAAUGUAGUUAUUCAGAAUAUAUUAUUUAAGUAAAAAUAAGAAGAAUAAAAAUGGAGAAAUGGCAAUUGGUAUAUUUUUUUAUGAUAAUUUCCUGUUUCAUAUUUAACGAAGGUAUUAAAAAUCAAUAUUCGGGUGAAAAAAAAAUAUGCCCAUUUGAAAAAGGUACAACAAGAAUGGCUGCUAAAAUUGGUGACAUAGAAACAUUAAAACUAGCUUACGAAAGUAAUUGUGAAUGGGAUAAAUAUACAACUACUGAAGCUGCUGCAAAUGGACAUUUUGAAUGUUUAAAAUAUGCCCACGAAAAUGGAUGUCCAUGGGAUGUAGGUACAACCGAAGCAGCUGCAAAAUAUGGUAAUUUAGAAAACUUAAUAUAUAUUCACAAAAAUGGCUGUAAAUGGGAUAAAACAACAACAAGUGCUGCUGCUGAAUAUGGGCAUGUUGAAUGCCUAAAAUAUGCAUAUGAAAAUGGGUGUCGCUUAAAUAGAGGCAUAACUACAUCUGCAGCUGUAGGAGGUAAUUUAGACUGUUUAAUAUAUGCACAUAAAAAUGGUUGUCCAUGGGAUGGAGGCACAAUAUUUGCCGCUGUCACAAGAAAUAAUUUAAAAAUUUUAAAAUAUGCCCACGAAAAUGGAUGCCCAUGGGAUCUAGGCAUAACCGAAGAGGCUGCAAUAAAUGGUAGUUUAGAUUGUUUAAAAUAUCUUCAUAUUAAUGGCUAUAAAUGGGAUAAAACAACAACAAGCGCUGCUGCUUCAAAUGGACAAUUUGAAUGUUUAAAAUAUGCACAUGAAAAUGGAUGUCCAUGGGAUAAAUACACAACUGUAUUAGCGGCACAAUGUGGUCAUUUCAAUUGUUUAAAAUAUGCACAUGAAAAAGGGUGCCUCUUGAAUGAAAGCAUAAGCGGAUAUGCAGCUCUAGGAGGUAAUUUAGAUUGUUUAAAAUAUGCACAUGAAAAUGGAAGCCGCUUGAAUGACAGUAUAAGUAGAUUUGCUGCCCUAGGAGGUAAUUUAGAUUGUUUAAAAUAUGCACAAGAAAAAGGGUGUUUAUGGGACAAAGAAACAACUAGAAACGCAGCUGCAAAUGGACAUCUUGAAUGUUUAAAAUAUGCACAUGAGAAUGGAUGUCCAUGGGAUGCCGGUACAACUGAAGAAGCUGCAAAAUAUGGUCAUUUAGAUUGUUUAAAAUAUGCACAUAAAAAUGGCUGUAAAUGGAGUGAAAAAACAAUAAGUAACGCUGCUUUGAAAGGACAUUAUGAAUGUUUAAAAUAUGCACAUGAAAAUGGGUGCCGCUGGAAUGAAAGNUUAAAAUAUGCACAUGAAAAAGGGUGCCUCUUGAAUGAAAGCAUAAGCGGAUAUGCAGCUCUAGGAGGUAAUUUAGAUUGUUUAAAAUAUGCACAUGAAAAUGGAAGCCGCUUGAAUGACAGUAUAAGUAGACGAAAAUGGAUGGCUNGUUUAAAAUAUGUGCAUGAAAAUGGAUGUUCAUGGGAUGUUGGUAAUUCAAAAAUUUUAGAAUAUAUAGACGAAAAUGGAUGGCCGUGUAAUGAUGGCAUUACUACUGCAGCUACCAAAAGUGGUAAUUUAGAAAUUUUAAAAUACGCAUAUGAAAAUGGUUGUUCAUUUGAUGAUGGUAUAACUACUGUAGCAACCGUAAGAGGUAAUUUUGAAAUUUUAAAAUAUGUACAUGAAAAUGGAUGUCCAUUAGACGAUGGAAUAAAUAAUCUCGACACCGAUACAGGUGAUUUUGAAAUUUUAAAAUAUAUAUAUCAAAAUGGAAUUCCAUGGGAUGAAAGAACAACAAAAGUAGCAGCAGAUUAUGAUAAUUUGGAAUUUUUGAAGUAUGCCCAUGAAAACGGAUGUAAAUGGGCUAUCGGCACAACUGCAGCUGCUGCUUUAAAUGGUAAUUUGGAUUGUUUGAAAUAUGCCAUUGAAAAUGGAUGUUCUUGGGAUGAGGGAACAACUAGAGAAGCUGCAGCAGGAGGAUAUUUAGAUUGUUUACGGUAUGCUCAUGAAAAUGGGGCUAAAUGGGACGAAGGUACAAUAGAAACAGCAGCUUUGUAUGGUAAUUUAGAUUGCUUAAUAUAUGCCCACAAAAAUGACUGUAAAUGGGAUGUAGGCACAACAAGCACCGCUGCCUCUAUGGAUCAAUUUCAUUGUUUAAAAUAUGCCCAUGAAAAUGGAUGUCCAUGGGAUGAUGACAUAACUACCGCGGCUACCGAAAGUUGUAAUCUAGAAAUUUUAAAAUAUGUACAUGAAAAUGGAUGCCCGUGGGAUGAUGGAAUAACUACUGUAGCCACUAAAUGUGCCACUGAAAGUGGUCAUUUAGAAAUUUUAAAAUAUGCACAUGAAAAUGGAUGCUUGUGGGAUGAUGGAAUAACUACUGUAGCCACUGAAAGUGGUCAUUUAGAAAUUUUAAAAUAUGCACAUGAAAAUGGAUGCCCAUGGGAUAAUGGAAUAACUACCGCGGCUACCGAAAGUUGUAAUCUAGAAAUUUUAAAAUAUGCACAUGAAAAUGGAUGCUUGUGGGAUGAUGGAAUAACUACUAUAGCCACUAAAAGUGGUAAUUUAGACAUUUUAAAAUAUGCUUAUGAAAAUGGAUGCCCGUGGGAUAAUGGAAUAACUACUGUAGCCACAAAAAGUGGUCAUUUAGAAAUUUUAAAAUAUGCACAUGAAAAUGGAUGCCCGUGGGAUGAUGGAAUAACUACUAUAGCCACUAAAAGUGGUCAUUUAGACAUUUUAAAAUAUGCUUAUGAAAAUGGAUGCCCGUGGGAUAAUGGAAUAACUACUGUAGCUACAAAAAGUGGUAAUUUAGAAAUUUUAAAAUAUGCACAUGAAAAUGGAUGCUUGUGGGAUGAUGGAAUAACUACUGUAGCCACUGAAAGUGGUCAUUUAGAAAUUUUAAAAUAUGCACAUGAAAAUGGAUGCCCAUGGGAUGAUGGAAUAACUACUAUAGCCACUAAAAGUGGUAAUUUAGAUAUUUUAAAAUAUGCUUAUGAAAAUGGAUGCCCGUGGGAUAAUGGAAUAACUACUGUAGCCACAAAAAGUGGUCAUUUAGAAAUUUUAAAAUAUGCACAUGAAAAUGGAUGCCCGUGGGAUGAUGGAAUAACUACUAUAGCCACUAAAAGUGGUCAUUUAGACAUUUUAAAAUAUGCUUAUGAAAAUGGAUGCCCGUGGGAUAAUGGAAUAACUACUGUAGCCACAAAUAGUGGUCAUUUAGAAAUUUUAAAAUAUGCACAUGAAAAUGGAUGCCCGUGGGAUAAUGGAAUAACUACUGUAGCUACAAAAAGUGGUAAUUUAGAAAUUUUAAAAUAUGCACAUGAAAAUGGAUGCCCGUGGGAUGAUGGCAUAACUAUUGCGGCUACUAACAGUGGAAAUUUAGAAAUUUUAAAAUAUGCACAUGAAAAUGGAUGCCCGUGGGAUGAUGGAAUAACUACUAUAGCCACUAAAAGUGGUCAUUUAGACAUUUUAAAAUAUGCUUAUGAAAAUGGAUGCCCGUGGGAUAAUGGAAUAACUACUGUAGCUACAAAAAGUGACUGUUUAAAGUAUGCUCAUGAAAAAGAGUGUCCAUGGGAUGAAGGAACUUUAGUUACAGCUUCUGCGCAUGGUAAUUUAGAUUGUUUAAGAUAUGCACACGAACAUGGAUGUAAUUGGAUCGAAGGUACGACGAGAGGAGCUGCUGCAAAUCGAAAUUUAGAAUGCCUCAAAUAUGCCUAUGAAAAUGGUUGUGAAUGGGACGAAGGCACAACGAGGGAAGCUGCUGCAAGUGGAUGCAUUGGAUGUCUGAAAUUUGCUAAUGAAAAUGGAUGUAAUUGGGAUGAAGGUACAAUAGUAACAGCUUCUGCACACGGUAAUUUAGAUUGCUUAAAAUAUGCCCACGAAAAUAGAUGUAAAUGGGAUGAAGGCACUACAAGACUUGCUGCUGCAAAUGGUCAGUUUCUUUGUUUAAAAUACGCCCACGAAAAUAAUUGUCCAUGGAGUAGAAAUACCAUUUAUGAAGCUAGUGUAAGAGGUUUUGUUGAUAUAAUUUACUACGCAUACGAAAAUAGCUGUCCUGAUUAG